CUCAUGCAACGCAGUGGCGCGAGCAGACGAAGUUUUGGUGGAUUUGUUGUCGACAUGGAGGACUCCGCCUUCUACAUUUUCAGCCUGGUGCUGUGCGCACUCUGCAUGGUCUUCGGCAUUCCGGGCAACUGUCUGAUUCUCCGCGUGUACUGGGACAAACGUCGCAAGAGCAGCACCCACAUUUUGAUCCUGGGCCUGGCCUGGGCCGACCUGUUCAGUUGUGUUUUCCUGUCGUUGAGAAUCGCAUCGUAUGUUACUUUUAUUGUCGGGAAGAAGCCUGGAGAAGUUUUAACCUUCCUUCAUUUCUUUUUGCAAACAGCUGUAGCGUCUUCGGUCACUCUGACGGGAGUCAUCGCCUUUGAUCGUUACGACUGUGUCUGUCGUUCGUACAGACGACUUUUCAGCACAAAACGUGCCAAAAUCGCCUUCUGCUGCUCGGUUACGUACUGUGCGGCCAUCAACAUCCCUUUUAUUGUAAGCAUUUACAGAAACUCAGACGCUAGCACAGUGGCGCUUUAUAGUUUUCAGAGUCUGUGUUACAUCUCCGCUCUGACGAUGAUAGUGCUGUGCUACUCCAAGGUUUACAAGACCAUUCGUCGGCACGUUCAGGUGGGCGUUUGGGCGUCGACUUCGGGGGACCGUACCAAUCCGACUCUGCAGUACGAAUCGGCGAGUUCGCCAAGACCUGCCAGCCCACAUCGCCAGGGCCUUGAGAUGAUAUCCGUGUCCCACUCUGUCGCCAAUAACCCCGGGGUUUCCAGUUCGUCGGAACCUAUGGCUUGGAAAUCUCCGAGUAAAUCCGACCCGGAGCUCGCGGUAGAGACGCACAGGAAAGAACGCUCCACGGACGGCCGAGGGACUGCGCAGAGCUCCCAUCUGACAAACCAGGCAGUCACUGGUAACUCCAGGAGGAACAGCCGGCUGGACCAGAGACCAGGUGGCACUUCGUCCCUGCAACGCAAGACGACGAGAAUGCUUCUCCUGACCAGUGUCGCAUUCUUGAUCGCAUGGCUGCCGUACUGGCUAUGGGUCGUUCUUAGUCUUUUGGAUACUUUUAGCACGUUGAAAGUGCACAAGGGUGUCUUGCUUGUGCUCGCGCGCAUCAAGCCGAGUAUCUACAUAAACAACGCCAUCAAUCCGUUACUUUACGGACUUGCAAAUCGACGUUUUAGGCAAGACUGUAAACAAGUUUUAAAGAAGAUGUUUUAAUCAGUGCAUGUUAGGAAAAGGCAAAUUAACCUUAAUAUUUGAUGAAAAUAGGGAGCCUGCAUUGGAGCCACGCCCGUCAACAAUAACGAAUACUGGUAGAGCACUUUUAAGUAAGAUC